CAGACACACACACACACACGAGAGAGAGACAGAGAGAGCGAGAGGGCGCUCACGCAGACCGCUGAGUGUUAGAGACGAGAGCACAGCGGACAGGCAUUCAUUCAUACAUACAUCCACACGCACGCACAUGGACAAACACUAACACGCGCUGGCCCUGGACUCCAACGCAAGAGAGCGGAAGAGAGAGAGAGAGCGGAAGAGAGAGAGAGAGAGAGGAAGAGAGAGAGAAGGCGCACACCUCUCAGAGUGAGUCUACAUAGCAAAUGCUGACUCCUGAUAGAACCAUUCCCCACAGACAGAGACACAACCCGAGAGAACCGCACUGGAGACGGCAUCAGGAGAACAGGAACCGCACGAGCAGCUGGAGCGAGAGGGGAACCCCGGACCUCCAGAGCCAGAGGGAGCAGAGGCCGGCAGUCUGGAGCCCUCUGCCCAGAACGGGGGCUCCGAGAUGGGCUGCUCGUCCGGGUGCCUGCCCUGCCAGCCCCCUCCUCCCCCUGCAGCAGCGCAGCCCCUCGCGCGGCUCUCCUCCGUGUGCGACGCCGAGUGCGGACUGCCCCAGGACGGCGUCGACGACGGCACCGUCGACGCCGGCGGCUCCACGAAACCCAACCUCCCACCGGGCCCCGGUCCAGAACCUCGCCUGCCCAAGAGCCCGGAGAACUACACGCUGGAGCGCCUGGCGCAGGCCACGGGCGGCGCCGAGAAGUCCUGGUACCGGUGCCUGUUCUCGUUCGGCUUCAUCUCGCUAGUGAUCGGCCUGGCGGGCACCAGCGUUACCUUCACCUUCAACACGCUGCCCCAGAUCAAGGUGGUGUCCAUGCUCAUGCUGAUCACGGGCAUCCUCAUGCUGCUCGUCGCCGCCAUCUGCUGGCGGGUGCGACGCGCGCGCCGGAGAGCCAAGAAGGAAGGGGGGUUCUUCAACGCCGAGCAGGGGACGCUUUAGAGGAGUGGACCGAUGACCAGGGGACGCUUUAGAGGAGUGGACCAGGGACUAGGUGAAAGCUUUGGAGGAGCGGAGUCGUGAGUAGGGGGCCACUUUAGAGGAGCAGGUGAGAGACGUUUUAGAGGAGUGGACAGGGAGUGGGACACUUUAGCAGAGUGGACACCUGAGCAGAGGGAAGCAGCAGGAGGAACCAUUAACGGUUUAGAGGAAUGAACUAUUACAAUUUAGAGAUAAGACUGUUUACUCUGAAGGAAAUUAAUCUGGCUCACACACACACACACACACACACACACACACACACUCACACUCACGCACACAAAAACUCACACACUCACACAAAGAAAAUUAUUCCUGUAACACAUACACACACCCACUCACACACACAGAGAAACCUAAUAAACCUAUUAUGCCUUUAAAUCCACAGACAUACACAGAAACACACCGCUACAAAAAAACAACAACAAUCAUCCAACAACAUGGAUGAAUCUGGGACGGAGGUAUCAGGAGGGUUGAGCUGCCUUCGUUCGUUCGUAACAUCCUUAUUAUUACUUUUCCUGAAAUACCCUGCAUCUAUGUGUUGAGAAAUCUCCAAGGGAAGAGAGCGCUGCAGAAGGAUUACUUCACUUAACUUCCAUGGCGAGGUGUCAUCUGUUUUCUUUUGACAGACUGAGUGGAGAGUUUCCAGUCCACUGCCGUGUGGACAUAUGGCUGGCUAGCACAGGCAUCCAGAGCCAAUGUGUUUACUGUGUGUGUGUGUGUGUGUGUGUGAGAGAGAGAGAGAGAGAGAGAGAGAGAGUGUGUG